GCACUGGCGAGAGUGGGAAGAGCACGUUCAUCAAGCAGAUGCGUAUCAUCCACGGGGCCGGCUACUCGGAGGAGGACAAACGGGGCUUCACCAAGCUCGUCUACCAGAACAUCUUCACGGCCAUGCAGGCCAUGAUCAGGGCCAUGGAGACCCUGAAGAUCCUGUACAAAUGCGACCAGAACAAGGCCAAUGCCCUUCUGAUCCGGGAGGUGGACGUGGAGAAGGUGACGACAUUCGAGCACCAGUAUGUCAACGCCAUCAAGAUGCUAUGGGAGGACCCUGGGAUCCAGGAGUGUUACGACCGGAGACGCGAGUACCAGCUCUCUGACUCCGCCAAGUACUACCUGACCGACGUGGACCGCAUCGCCACCCUGGGCUACCUGCCCACCCAGCAGGAUGUGCUGCGGGUCCGAGUGCCCACCACUGGCAUCAUUGAAUACCCCUUCGACCUGGAGAACAUCAUCUUCAGGAUGGUGGACGUAGGCGGGCAACGGUCGGAGCGGCGGAAAUGGAUCCACUGCUUCGAGAAUGUGACGUCCAUCAUGUUCCUGGUGGCCCUGAGUGAAUAUGACCAGGUCCUGGUGGAGUCUGACAACGAGAACCGCAUGGAGGAGAGCAAGGCUUUGUUCCGGACCAUCAUCACCUACCCGUGGUUCCAGAACUCCUCCGUCAUCCUCUUCCUCAACAAGAAGGACCUGCUGGAGGACAAGAUCCUCUACUCCCACCUCGUUGACUACUUCCCUGAGUUUGACGGCCCCCAGCGGGAUGCUCAGGCCGCCCGGGAGUUCAUCCUGAAGAUGUUCGUGGACCUGAACCCCGACAGCGACAAGAUUAUCUACUCGCACUUCACCUGCGCCACCGACACGGAGAACAUCCGCUUCGUGUUCGCCGCCGUCAAGGACACCAUCCUGCAGCUCAACCUGAAGGAGUACAACCUGGUGUGAGCCGCCCCCGAGCCCGCCUCGGCCUCUGUCCGCACACUUCCGCACCUUCUCACCCGCCUGGCCUCAGCCGGGACG